UUUUAUAAUAGAAUGGAAUAGAAUAGGUAAGUGCUUGUAUUAGUUGGUCAGGUGCUGGAGAAGAAGAUGUGUCUUUAGAUGUUUUUUGAAAAUGGUUAAAGACUAGAAUUGAGAUUGGGAGGUCAUUCCACCCAGUGUUAGACUAAAGAUUAAUAUUGUGUGACUGAAUAAUAUUUCAUAGUAUCCAACAUUGACACUUCACACUCCAGUCUAGUAGGUGGCAGAAAUACACCAUGAACUGAUCUGACCAUCGCCAUUAAACAGAAUCAGAAGAAGAAACAGAUCUUCAAAUAGGGUUAGAGGACAACACCAAGGAUGUUCAGCUCUGGAAAAGUGGUCCAGUUGUUCUACGAUGUUUCUUCUCCUUAUUCCUGGCUGGCAUUUGAGGUGCUGUGUCGCUAUAGAAAUGUUUGGAACAUCGACCUCAAAUUUAAACCAGCAUUUUUACCGGGAGUCAUAUACGGUUCAGGUAACCAGCCUGCUGUAAUGAACCCAAGUAAGCUAACAUACAUAGUCUCAGAUCUGACGCUGCUGUCUGAAUAUUUUGGAGUCCCUAUGUUUCGACCUUCAGACCUUUCUGACAAAGACACUUUGAGUGCGAUGCGUUUUGUGACAGCUCUAGCAGAGAAGGAAAAAGAGGGAGACAUGCUGGUGGAAAGGGUGUCUAGGGAGCUUUGGAAGAGAAAGUGGCGCACUCAUCAGGACAUUACCCAGCCUGCCUCACUCACUGAGGCAGGAUUAAAGGCAGGUCUGUCAGCCAAUGUGGUUAAGGAAAUUCUGAGUCUCUCUAAAUCUCAGCCAAUCAAAGACAAGCUGAAGAGCGUCACACAGGAAGCACUGGAGUAUAAAUGCUUUGGUUUUCCAUUUAUUGUAUGCCAAGUGAAUGGGAAGGCGAAGGUCUUCUUUGGUUCUGACAGAUUUGAGCUCAUGGCUUAUUUUAUGGGGGAGAAGUGGAUGGGGCCUCACCCUAACAAGCCCACAGCCCAUAUGUGAUCACUACCCCUCCAUACUCAGUUUCAACUUCUUAAUGUUUAAAUUCACAUUGUUUUCAGUUCAACAGCAAACAUACACGCAAAACAAAAAAAGAGAAUGCCAAAAAAUAAGCCAGGAAUACAGAAAUAGUCUAACUAAUACAUGUACU